AUGUGUGUCUGUCUGUUGACCCCCCCUCAGCUGGAGAACCACUUCAGUCCAAACUGCACGUUCUGGAACUACUCGGAGCGCUCCAUGACGGGCCAGUGGUCCGUGCAGGGCUGCAAGCUGCUGGAGACCAACAGCACACACACCACCUGCUCCUGCAGCCACCUCACCAACUUCGCCCUGCUCAUGACCCAACAGGAGCGCAAUGUGCGCGGGCCUAUGGAGGAGCUGCUGCUGGUGGUGAUCACCUGGGUGGGCAUGGUGGUGUCUCUGGUGUGCCUGGCCCUCUGCCUCACCACCUUCUGCCUGCUGAGGGGCCUGCAGAGCGACCGCACCACCAUCCACAAGAACCUCUGCCUCACCCUCUUCAUCGCACAGCUGCUCGCGCUCUUCGCACGCAUGGACAAGAUACAGUACCCUGUCCUGUGCCCAGUGCUGGCUGGCCUGCUCCACUUCUUCCUGUUGGCGGUGUUCUGCUGGCUGUGUGCCGAGGCGGUGCAGCUCUACCUGCUGCUGGUGGAGGUGUUCCAGAGCGACGUCUCGCGCAGGAAGUACUACUACCUCUGCAGCUACGGCCUCCCCGCCAUCAUCGUCGCCAUCUCCGCCGCCAUCGACUACCGCAGCUACGGCUACAAGAAAGCCUGCUGGUUGCGUCUGGACAACUACUUCAUCUGGACGUUCAUUGGUCCCGUCUCUCUAAUCAUUCUGUUCAAUCUGGUGGUGCUGAUGGUCACACUGCACAGGAUGAUCCGCCAGUCCACCGUCCUCAAACCAGACUCCAGCCGCUUCGACAACAUCAAGUGUUGGACUGUGAGCUCUGUGAUGCUGCUGCUGCUGGUGUCUCUGACGUGGGCCUUUGGCCUCCUCUUCCUCACGGAGAACAGCGUGGUCAUGGCCUACCUCUUUACCUCCUUUAACGCCCUGCACGGCCUGUUCAUCUUCAUCUUCCACUGCGCCCUGCAGAAGAAGGUCCAUAAGGAGUAUAGUAAGUGCUUGCGUCACUCCCCCUGCUGUGGCCACUCCUCCAGCUCCGCCUCCCACGGCUCCCUCAAGAGCUCCGCCCACCGGGGAAACAGCCGUUACUACGGCGGCAGCCAAUCACGUCAUGCCCCUGCACACAGACAGAGUCGGAUCAGACGCAUGUGGAAUGACACCGUCCGCAGACAAACCGAGUCUUCCUUCAUGGCGGCAGACAUGAACAACACCCCCACCCUCAACCGAGGCACCAUGGGCAAUCACCUUUUGACCAAUCCGGUGCUCCAGACUCGCGCUGGCACCUCCCCCUACAACACCUUAUUGGCCGAGACCUUCAAUCCUCCCUCCCCCGCUGUGUUCAACCCUUCUUCACCUGCAGUGUUCAACUCCACAGGAACAUACAGAGACUCAAAGGGGACCUUGUCUCGCAGCCGUGAGUCCAGCGGACUGGAGGGCGUGCGUCUGAAUGGCAACUACAACAACAGCUAUUCGCUGCACGGCGUGGGUGGCGGCAGCACCGACUUUCUAGGGGUGGGCGGAUCUGUCCAAGGGGGCGUGUCUGGGGAGCACUGCUCCACCCUGCUGACCCCGAGAGGGGCGGAGCACAGCGGCGCUGGCGGAGGAGGAGGAGGAGGCGGGAUGCGGAGGAACCUAUCGGACGCCGCCGCCCUGGAGAAGAUGAUCAUCUCCGAGCUGGUGCAUAGCAACCUGCGCCCAUCAACCGAUCGCUAUGGCACCAGCCACACAGGAGGAGGAGGCGGCGGCGGCGGCGGUGUUGGUGGAGGAGGAGGGGCGGAGCUUGGCACGGAGCCACGCCAUCAGAGCCAAGACUUCCUGUCGUCAACAGGGCAACGGGAACCGCCCCAGCGACCCUUGCCCCGCCCACCGCCGCCGCCCCCUGACGAUGAGGACGAGCUCCUCUACAAGGCCCUGGAGAAGCCCCGCCUACCCGACAAGCCCCGCCUACCAGAGAAGCCCCGCCUCCUGGAGCACCACCACACCCAAUCUGUGUUCUACCAGAGCGAGGAGGAGUCUGAGAGCCUAUCAGCCGAGCUCACGGAGAGCAUGGGCGGAGCCGGCCGGGACCGAGACUCUUCCUACCCCGACAGCAGCCCCGAGGGGCUGGUAGAGGUCAUGACAGGGUCAAGGGGCGGAGGAGGAGGAGGAGGAGGAGGAGGAGGAGGAAGCGGUGGCCUGCCCCCUGAUGAGCUCUACUUCAGCGCCAGCCGCCCCGCCCACAUCUCCGCAUUCUACCAGCCCCCGCCACGGCGGACCAAUCAGGACGCGGGGAUGGGGCUGGAGCCCACCCACGGAGAAGGUGACGGACAGAUGCAGCUGGUGACGAGCCUGUGACUAGGGCGCUGGUGACCGGGACACGGAGGAAGGGGAGGAGGACCAGCCGUGAUGCCAUCGCUGUGACGACAACAAAGAAGAUGAUGAUGAUUGAGACGACUCCUAGCCUUAUCAUCUUCACAGUCGUCGCUUAGAUGAAAAUGAUCAUAACAAUGACAACAGAUGAUGAAGAUGAUUGUAAUGAUGAUGGUGAUGAUGAUGAUGGUGGUGAUGGUGACCUUCAUCAAAAUGUUGAUGGGAGCAGUAGAAUGCUUGGUCAUUACUUACUUGAUAAGUUGAAAUGAUGCUGACUUCACCAUAACCAUCAGCUUAGGUAAAGAUUAAAGUUUUUGUUAGAAUGAUGAUGAUAAUCGUGAUGAUGAUGAAGAUGAUGGUUAUGGUGGUGAUGAUGAUGUCAUUGUUAUGAUUGUUUCUCUGAUGGUGGUCGCAAGGCAAUAACCAUUGGCACCAUUAUGAAGUUUAAUAUGACACCAAUGAUGAUGAUGAUGAGGAUGGUGAUGAUGAUGAAGGUGGUAGUGGUUUUGCCAUGCCGUCCUUCUCCCUGCCUCUGUCUCCCGGUCGCCCACACACCCACCCAGCUCAUUUCACUGCCCUCAUCGCACACACACAAAUACUCUUCAUCCCUCGAUCCCUGGCUUAUUUUAUCUUCCUCCUUUUUCUCUUCUACAUCUGCUUACCAUUCUUUUUAUUACUUUACUUCUCUCUCUCUCUCUUUGUCUCUCUCUCUCUCUCUCUCUCUCUGUCUCUCUCUCUUUCUCUCU